CAUGUUCAUAUAUUAUUCCAACGUUGCUGCAACUCUUUUGCUGCUCCCGCUGCGCUGCUACGCCCCACUGUAUUCUCGUCAUAAUCUGUUGUGUGUGUGCGCCGGACUCCUUACGAAGCAACAUCAUCACAAGAUCGAGAUACUCUUGCUUCUCCAUCUCCCCUCACCCCCUUUCCCGACUUUUUACGCAGUGAUGUCGACCGAGUCCCUCGCCUGCACCUACGCGGCGCUGCUGCUGCACGACGCCGGCGUCCCGGUUACCGCCGACAACAUCUCGGCCGCCGUGAAGGCCGCCGGUGUGGAGGUGCGCCCGACGCUGCCCAUCAUCUUCGCCCGCUUCCUCGAGAAGAAGUCGGUGGACUCGCUCAUGGCGGCCGCGGCGGCCGUGGCGCCGGCGGCGGCGGAGGCUCCUGCGGCUGCGGCCGGCGGUGCUGCCCCGGCUGCCGGCGGCAAGGCCAAGGAGGAGAAGAAGAAGGAGGUCGAGGAGGAGGGCGACGACGACAUGGGCUUCGGUCUGUUCGACUAA